AUGAGAGACAAAACAAAUAACAGCUGCCCGUUCCGGUAUAUAUAUAUAUGUAUUUCAUGUUUGCAUCAACUUCUAUCCCAACUUCGAUACAAAAGAAUCUACAUGGGCGAUUCAAUGGACAUGGGUAUUUCAGAGCUCACUUCCGCAACGUGA